UCCGCAAUUACGCCCUGCUCUCCAUAGAGGGUGCUACACCGGGUGCUAUAAAGGGACAUUUAAAUGUAGUUUUUUUUUCGUAGAUUAGAUUCGGGUUAUCUUUGUGGACUACUGUGUAGCCUAAUGUCCCCGAAUGAUUAAAUAGCUUGUGCGCGAAUCCUGCUCUGAAGUAGACCUACAGUAAGCUAUUGCAGGGUAGAAGAUAAUGGGUGUGGCUGAGUCUUGGCAGCUUUCAAAUGUUUUGGUAUCAUGACAUCGUAUAGCAAACUGGUCUCGAAGCGACUGAAGGGAGAGAAACUCAUUGCGGGGGUGUUAGAGCUAUGGAGUAGACUUUCUUUUGAGGAGAAAGUUGGCCUAUGCUGAAAAUAUUAUAAGAUUAAAAAUUAACAUUUCGUGUUGGCUACGGUGGAUGGAAUCAAAUUGGAUUACAUAAUUUGCUUGACUUCAUCCUUUGGAUAUGAAGGCAUAAUUUCGUAUGGGUGCACGGUGACAUAAGCCUACAGUCAACAUUCAAUGUUCUAUAUGGAAACACUUGAAAGAAUGUAGACUGUAGUUGGAACGGAAUUAGUAUUAAAUCAUAAUCUGUCUUUUAGAAAGCCAUCAUCACUGGUAAAUAGUGAAUCCUGUGGUGGUGCGUUUUGAAUGGGCUGUUGUACAAAGUCAGACCAUGCCGCAGGAGCAUUUGUUCAAAGUUCUCGUUAUAGGCGACCUUGGGGUCGGGAAAACGUCAAUCAUCAAGCGUUAUGUCCAUCAGAUCUUUUCUCAACAUUAUCGCGCAACUAUUGGUGUCGAUUUUGCGCUCAAAGUUCUGCACUGGGACAGUGACACCGUUAUACGACUACAGCUUUGGGAUAUUGCCGGACAAGAACGCUAUGGAAAUAUGACUCGUGUGUAUUAUCGGGAGGCCGUGGGAGCUCUGGUGGUGUUCGACGUGACCCGUGCCUCCACAUUUGAUGCCGUGCUCAAGUGGAAGGACGAUCUGGACUCUAAGGUCACCCUGAGUCAUGGCAAACCUGUCCCAGCUGUGCUGCUGGCCAACAAGUCCGAUCAAGUCUGCUCCCAGCAGCCCAGACUGGACACAUUCUGUCGGGAAAAUGGAUUUGUGGGAUGGUUUGAGACCUCAGCCAAGGAGAGCACUAACAUUGAAGCGGCAGCGAGAUGUCUGGUUGAACAUAUCCUGGCCAAUGAAGAGAGUACAGUCUUGGAUUCAGACCCAGAUGUGCAGGUUCUGCCUGGGUUCAACAGCGGUGUUAAAGAAAGAGUUCGCUGUGGAUCAUGUAACAAAUUCUGACCCAUCAAAGAGAAUGGAGAAAGAGGAAGAUCUUCAAGGGUCUGUACGUGUCUCUCUGUAGUCUGUCAGACCGGUCCAAUUAAAGAACAUCUUCAAGAGAAGCUGAGAGGGGCCAUGGGAAAAAAUAUGUUAUGAGAGAGAUGUGGUGUAUUUCUCUAUGUGGAUUUAUGAUCAUGUUUGUGGUGUGAGUAAUUGUAAAAUAGUAAUAUAAUGAGUGGAACAUUUUUCUUUUCACAAGAAAUACAUUAUUGUAACUUCUUGGUGUGAACCACCUCUCUACAUUGUGAAAGCAGGGCUCCCCCUCAUUUCAGUCCCUCAGACAACUAAAUGACAAAAGCAGAGAAUAUCAGCAACGAGAUGACACACAUUAUGACGUCUACAGUUGUAUAACCAAGGAUGUAUGACCGUGUGAUAUAAAGAUGUCGUUUGAUUGACAUCAGACUGAUACAAAGGGGGUGUUUCUGUUUAUAGGAGAGGGACAACACUGCCACAGUGCCUUGAUGUACCUAUAAUGUACAUGCAGUGUAGGCCUAUAGCUUUAACUUCAUUAAAAUGGCUUUGAUGUGGGGUUCA